AUGGAAAAGGCUUCGACUGUGAGAUUCUCUAGCUGUCGAGGAGUCGCGUUUGAGAUUAAACCUCAUGCAAACCCUUACGCCAUCAAUACAACUGAUCAAAACCACAACGCAAACGCUGUACGCGAGGAAACGAGCCGCAGCUUUCGACUUCCAAAGGAAUUCAUCAGAGACGCUUCAAAAGUUUUCCCUUCAUCGUUCGAACACUCUAUAAGCCUAGACAGCAGCCAUUUCUGCGAUCUUGACUCCGACAACGAAGAAGAAGAAGAACAAGAAGACGAUAUUUACUACUUAGAAGAAGGUGGAAGCAAUGACGGAGACGAAAAUACAAUUCUUGACUCUUCCCCAAGCAAACACAGCGAGAAACCGCAGCAACCGCCCAUUCCAAAGAAACGCGUUUCAAGACUAUCAAUCAUACUUCUUGAUCAAGGACUCUUCACAGUUUACAAACGUCUCUUCGUCGUUUCAUUGUUUCUAAACGUCAUAGCUCUCGUUCUCGCAGCCACGGGACACUUCACUUACGCUAGAAAAAGAGCAUCUCUGUUUUCUAUCGCUAAUAUUCUUGCCCUAACUCUCUGUAGAAGCGAAGCCUUCUUGCGACUCGUUUUCUACCUAACCGUGAACCUCCUAGGACGCUCCUUUGUCCCUCUCCGCGUAAAAAUCGUGGUCACGUCGCUCUUACAAAGCCUAGGAGGAAUCCACAGCGGCUGCGGCAUUUCCUCAAUCGUUUGGCUUAUAUACUCAUUAGUUCUCACUCUUAAAGACAGGGACAACACUUCAACAGCGAUCAUAGCGGUUGCGUCUGCGAUUCUCUUUCUCCUCUGCCUCACUUCUCUAGCUGCGUUUCCUCUUGUUCGUCACUUACACCACAACGUCUUUGAACGCGUCCAUAGAUUAGCGGGCUGGUCCGCUUUAGGCCUUGUUUGGGCGUUUGUAACUCUAACGAUCUCUUACGAUCCAGUUUCCCGAUACUACAACGAUAAACUCGCCUCAAAGCUGAUCAAAAGGAAAGAGUUUUGGUUUACGUUAGCGAUCACAGUGGCUAUUAUGCUCCCUUGGUUGACUGUGAGACGCGUUCGUGUUGAUGUAUCAUCUCUCUCGGGCCACGCGUCGCUGAUUAAGUUCAGUGGAGGCGUGAAACCAGGGAUCUUGGGGAGGAUCAGUCCAUCGCCGUUGUCAGAAUGGCAUGCUUUUGGAAUAAUAUCUGAUGGGAAGACAUCGCACAUGAUGUUAGCUGGUGCUGUCGGCGACUUCACCAAGUCAUUGGUCUCAAACCCUCCAACUCACUUAUGGAUCCGUACGGUUCACUUUGCAGGCUUACCCUAUCUGGUUAACUUGUAUGACAAGGUGUUAGACUAG